AUGUCCCAGUCUGGAAAAGUCAUUCAUCUGUAUGUGGAGGUGAGGUCAGCCCCGGACCAGGAUGAGAAGGGGGGCUUGGGAGGAGGAGUGGAGGGGCUUGGGACUGGGAGUGACUCAGCCUCAGCACAGGAUGGGCCAGCGGGGAUUUUGUCCCAGCUAGCCUACCAGACAAAAUGCCAGACUCCUACCAAAGCUCCAACACGCCGCCUGGCCCAUAACUUCACCCACACCCAGUCUCCCUCCAGACACACAGUGAGCUUCCAGCUCCACCAAGGAAAUGGCACCCAAUCGCCUAGCAUCUCCCAGCAGCAGAGUUUACCAGCAGCACUGACCCACUCCCCAGCCUUUUCCGGGACUGGAAAGACCACCACCCCACACACACACCCCUCCAAAGGGCAGGGGGUGGGGGGCAAUUGCAAACGGUCAGUGGUCACCUUCAGCUACAUUGAGAAGGCUAACGUCAAGACAGUGGAGAGCCCACAGAACUCAGCCUCUCAGAGGAGGUCUAGGGAGGAGAGGUCGUCCCCACCUUCCCACCCCCGGAAUAAACUCAACGACCCCAUCUGGUUGGGUAGUCCUGGCUCCUCAUGCAGCUCCAGUCCCAAAAUAGUGUUUCGUCCCCCUGGGCGUCACCAGCAGCAACCGUCAGGUUCCCCAAGCCUCCGGCACCCUGUCUUGGAUCCCGUCGGUAUGGCGGCCACCCAGAGUGCCCUGGAAAAGUUUGGGUUUGGUUCCCCCCUGCUCAGGAGUAAGACCAUCCAUGGGCUCGAGCAGAGUCCCAGGGGCUCCCGCCACAACCAGCAGGCCCGCUGCCUGUCCUGGGCAGGCGGUUCUCCUGUCCAGCACCACAGCAUCUGCAAUAAUCUCCGCAAUAAUCACGCUGUGGAUGCAGAUAGAAACCGGACCAUUUGCGGGCCAUUACCCAGGAGCUCAGCCUCCGACCUGCUUUCGUCCAAUGCUAGGCAGGCCGCUCUGGGCAUGUCUCCUAACUCAAGACCCAGGUCGUGCAUGGGGCUCCAGGCCCAGAGCCCACACCACUGGGCAGGUCAGGACAAAGCUUUAGCAGGUAGUCCAGCCACCCAGAGACAAGUGCACAAGCCCUCUAUCAGCAGUUCCUCCUCUCAAGGGACCAUCCUCCAAGUUGAAAAUAAACUAGGGGAGGGGACUGUACUGAACCAGCUAAGUUGUAGCAAACCCUCCUCCCCAGCCAACAGCCCUGAAGUGGCCCGGAGGCUAGCCGAGGAGGCUACUAAAGUAUCCUCUAUUUUAGCAGAGGUAAAGAGGAACUCAUUGACAUUGCACAACACUUUAGACAAAGUAGAGAGCCCCAACUCUGGAUGUAUGUCUGGAGAAGCCAACAGUUCUGUCCCAAAUGCACAACGGCAACAUUUGCAGCAUCAGACAGUUAAGAUGAAUAUCCCUUUACAUGGCCCACACACACCGGCAUCGAAUGACACUGACUCUCACCAGGCUGGAAACUCUUUACCAUCGUCACGCACACAGGACACAAACUCUCCAACACUAACCAAUCACAGCACACAACAUGGAAAAGGGCAGGCUCUGGCUCAGAGCUCCAUUCUAUCAGACACAGUAGUGAGUGUUGGAGGGUCCCCGGCCCUGCCUUCACGCUUCAUCCGUCCAUCUCUUCCCCCAGCCGAGACCAGCUCCCCUCUGAGAGACCCCAGGCUGCUGAGAGCCCAGCUCAGAGUCACCGACAGCCCCACACUGCAUCACUGCCGGCCCCCUCAGUACACUAGAGAUUUCUGGUCCUUCGAGCCGGACGAGAGAGCCGACUUCUCCUGCUUCGACAGGGGGGAUAGUGCCGAGCUGGCCCGUAGACUCUACAUACGCCAAAGUGUGGUAGAAGCCCCUGUCAGCUGGACCUCCAUGCAGCCCUGGAGCCACCUGGUGGGGGAGGAGAGCAGAAACUCCAGUUCCAGCCCCAGGCACGGACCUGGAACCGGGCAGCCCCUAAGCGUGGCCCAGCAGAAGACGGCCGAGCAUAGGAGGAGGGAGGUUCUGCUGCUGGGCCCUGUGGUGCUUGACUCGCCAGAGGAGGAUGAGGGCCUGGAUGGGGAUGGGGAAGAGGUUUACAGACCAGGGAAACAGCGAGGCCUGCUGAGAGUGGAGGAGCCUCCAGAGGGGGAGCAAAUAGGGGUAGCAGGGUCCUCGUCGCACAGCUCCAGCGGGGUGACGGGCAGCCUGGGGGAAAGGGACUGUGUGUCCCCAGAGUCCAGUCAGUCCAGCCACCAGAGCAACGAGACAGGGGCUGCCACCUCAGGGAUACAGGUGAGACAUUCUUCUUCAUAUAUGUUGCAUUAAAAUAUUCAUUUUAAUAUAUUGAUGUUAACUAAAUGUAUCAUGUAUUUUGUUAAUUUUGCCACGCGUGUGACUGUAAAAGAGUGCCACCAACCAAUAGAGGUGCCGGUAUAGAUAUAGGUGCAACUGUCCCAGUGCCCCGGUUAAAGGACGUAAAUGGGCUUCCGAGUGGCGCAGCGGUCUAAGGCAUUGCAUCUCAGUGCUAGAGGCGUCACUGGUUUGAUUCUAGGCUGUAUCACAAUCCGGCCGUGAUUGGGAGUGUCAUAGGGCGGCGCACAAUUGGCCCAGCGUCGUCCGGGUUUGGCCGGGGUAGGCCGUCAUUGUAAAUAAGAAUGUGUUCUUAACUGACUUGCCUAGUUAAAUAAAGGUUAAAAAAUGACCGGUAGGAGACAGAUGUACAGAACACACGUUUAUUACCACACACCAAACAAGGAGGAUAGACAACUGGAAUUGUUAUAGUGUAUAGAGGUUUUAUGGUCAUUCACGCACUAACAGACAGUUAGGCUAUCCAGGGUGGAGGCUUGUCCUUGUAGGAAGGGUUCAGUGGUGAGUUGUGUUGAGGUGGUGCAGAGUUCUUCUGAUCUGUUGUCUCUGCACCCCUGUGUCCAACUAAAGAACAGGCAGGAAAAGGGGUCUGUUACCCCACCUAAUAGGGCCUGUGGCAACCUGGUCCCUAACACAGAGGUGUGAAGUGCACUAUGCCACUGAACAAUGGGUCAGGCUGAGGCAGAGGAUGAUAGCUUCCUCAGCAGUAAAAGGCUACAAAGCUUGUGUCUCUCCCAGGGCUAGAGAGGGGUUAAGGAGAGAGGGUUUUUAACAGUGCCUUUUGUGCAUGUGUACAUGUCUGUAUGUGUGUUCCAGACGGACAGUGGCUCUGCAGUCCCAGGCCCCUCCCUCCACUCCCAGAGGAUAGCUCGUGCCAAGUGGGAGUUCCUAUUUGGGACCCCCGCUGAGGAGGCUGCCAGUAGGGGGGAGAAAAGUGAGAGCUCUGCAUAGUUACCACCUAUACUUAUUACCCAUAGAGAAAGAUACAGUAUUAGCUGUAUACAGUAUUUAUCUCUAUGACUGUGUCUAUGGCUCUUUAACUGUACAGGAUGAAAUUAGCCCGCCCAACUACCUCAUCCCUAUAUUGUUAUUUAUUUUGCUCAUUUGUACCCCAGUAUCUCUAUUUGCACAUCAUCUCUUGCACAUCUAUCAUUCCAGUGUUAAUACUAAUUGUAAUUAUUUUGCACUAUAGCCUAUUUAUUGCCUUACCUCCAUAACUUGCUACAUUUGCACACACUGUAUAUAUAUUUAUUUCUGUUGUAUUUUUGACUUUGUUUUGUUUUACCCCAUAUGUAACUCUGUGUUGUUGUUUUUAUCGCACUGCUUUGCUUUAUCUUGGCCAGGUCGCAGUUGUAAAUGAGAACUUGUUCUCAACUGGCUUACCUGGUUAAAUAAAGGUGAAAUAAAUAAAAAGAAAUAAAUAAAAGGAUAGACCAGUGCUAUUCAAAGUCAGGGUUGUGACCCCUAGUGGGCUUGUGGGGAACUGCAGUUGUGUCGCAAAAUACAACAUGUUGAUUUAGGAGUACAUAUUAUUGAAUGGGACAAUAAACGUUUUUGGGAAAGAUAAUUAGACAAAUUAAAUUGUAUUAAGUAAAUGUGUUAUUUGUUUAUUUUCAUUUCGAUAAGAGAUUAAAAUGCAAUGAAUUUAUGGUUAUUUGUUGAUGUAAAAAUCGAAAUGUACCGAUUUUAAGGUUGUGUCAUUAGAUUUGGGUAGGGUGGGUUCGCGAGAAAUUCUUGGGGAAAAAUGGGGUCCCCGCUGAAAAAGUUUGAAUACCACUGGGGUAGACACUGUACUGUACAUGUGAGUCAAGUGACAUGUAACGUAUCAUAACAUGUGUUCAAAACAUGCACAGAGGUCAGUGUUCAGCAACCUUACAACAACAUUAGCAUUAGCAUGGCAGCACAGUAAUUUUCCGGACCUUUUCAGUGAUAUCAACUGCUUCUUCUGUUCCAUCAUGGCAGAUACCAUCGAGGCCGCCACAGCUCCUCCUAGUGGCCAGUCCAGUGAAUCCCCAACCCCCACGCCCCCCACCUCCCUCCCCCUCAUCUCGGCUAAUCAUGAGGUGCAGCACGUGGAGGUGGAGCUGGUGACUCCUCCCCCAGCGGUGGCGGGGGCGUCGCCCAAGACGGGCAUCAUCCGGAGGACCCUCAAGUACUCGGAGACUGACCUGGACGCUGUGCCCAUGCGCUGCUACCGCGAGACCGACAUCGAUGACGUGCUUUUGGCUGAGCAGGAGGACGCCGACUCAGCAUUUGGGAGUAACCGUAGCGUGAAAAGCACGUCGGGUACAGGCAGCAGCCCCCUGGGUGUCUGUCCCGAUGAGAGCACAAGCGCGGAGGAGGAGGAGGUUGAAGGAGAGGAGGAGGAAGAAGAGGAGCUGGAGGAGGAGGAGGAGGAGGUAGUGAGCUGGGCCUCAGUGAGGAUGCAGGGGGACAUUAAGAGACAGCAGCAGCAGCAGGUGAUUAGUCAGCUGCUGAAGAGGUGAGAUGGGCAUAGACGUACAAUACCAGUCAAAGGUUUGGACACACCUACUCAUUCCAGGGUUUUUCUUUAUUUUUCCUAUUUUCUACAUUGUAGAAUACAGGCCUCCUGUAGCUCAGUUGGUAGAGCAUGGCACUUGCAACGCCAGGGUUGUGGGUUUGUUUCCCACGGGGGGCCAGUAUGGAAAAUGUAUGCACUCACUAACUGUAAGUCGCUCUGGAUAAGAGCGUCUGCUAAAUGACUAAAACUGUGAAAUAACACAUAAGGAAUCAUGUAGUAACCAAAAAAGUGUUAAACAAAUCAAAAUAUAUUUUAUAUUUGAGAUUCUUCAAAUAGCCGCCCCUUUCCUUGAUGACAGCUUUGCACACUCUUGGCAUUCUCUCAACCAGGUAGUCACCUGGAAUGCAUUUCAAUUAACAGGUGCCUUAUUAAAAGUUAAUUUGUGGAAUUUCUUUCAUUCUUCAUGCGUUUGAGCCAAUCAGUGGUGUUGUGACAAGGUAGGGGGGGUAUACAGAAGAUAGCCCUAUUUGGUAAAAGACCAAGUCCAUAUUAUGGCAAGAACAGCUCAAAUAAGCAAAGAGAAACGACAGUCCAUCAUUACUUUAAGACAUAAAGGUCAGUCAAUACGGAACAUUUCAAGAACUGAAAGUUUCUUCAAGUGCAUUCGCAAAAACCAUCAAGUGCUAUGAUGAAACUGGCUCUCAUGAGGACCGCCACAGGAAUGGAAGACCCAGAGUUACCUCUGCUGCAGAGGAUAAGUACAUUACUAGCCUCAGAAAUUGCAUCCCAAAUAAAUGCUUCACACUGUUCAAAUAACAGACACAUCUCAACAUCAACUGUUCAGAGGGGACUGUGUGAAUCAGGUCUUCAUGGUCGAAUUGCUGCAAAGAAACCACUACUAAAGGACACCAAUAAGAAGAAGAGACCUGCUUGGGCCAAGAAACACGAGCAAUGGACAUUAGACAGGUGGAAAUUUGUCCUUUGGUCUCGAGUCCAAAUUGUAGAUUUCUGGUUCCAACCGCUGUUUCUUUGUGAGACACGGUGUGGGUGAACGGAUGAUCUCUGCAUGUGUAUUCCCCACCGUAAAGCAUGGAGGAGGAGGUGUUACGGUGUGGGGGUGCUUUGCUGGUGACACUGUCUGUGAUUUAUUUAGAAUUCAAGGCACACUUAACCAGCAUGACUGCCACAGCAUUCUACAGUGAUAUGCCAUCCCAUCUGGUUUGGGCUUAGUGUGACUAUCAUUUGUUUUUCAACAAUUACCCAACACACCUCCAGGCCUUGUAAGGGCUAUUUGACCAAGAAGGAGAGUGAUGGAGUGCUGCAUCAGAUGACCUGGCCUCCACAAUCCCCCGACCUCAACCCAAUUGAGAUGGUUUGGGAUGAGUCGGACCGCAGAGUGAAGGAAUAGCAGCCAACAAGUGCUCAGCAUAGAGAGUUGGAAAAGUAUUCCAGGUGAAGCUGGUUGAGAGAAUGCCAAGAGUGUGCAAAGCUGUCAUCAAGGCAAGGGAGUGGCUAUUUGAAGAAUCUCAAAUAUAAAAUAUAUUUUGAUUUGUUUAACACUUUUUUGGUUAAUACAUGAUUCCAUAUGUGUUAUUUCAUAGUUCUGAUGUCUUCAUUAUUAUUCUACAAUGUUGAAAAUAGUAAAAAUGAAGAAAAACCCUUGAAUGAGUAGGUGUGUCCAAACUUUUGACUGGUAGUGUAAAGGCACGUAGAAACACACACAUGCACAAAUGCAUACACACACGUGCACGCUCGCACACACACAUUCCUAAAAAUAUACUUUUAAAAUAUGCUUACACACACACACACACAUACACAUAAACAUACACACUUAUGUAAUGCAGAGACACAGAAACACACAGCUCACACAUUUAAAGUUUGACAGGAUUUGUAUUACAGACUGCUAUAAGUGCUAUCUAUUUCUAGCAUCUGUCCUUGUGAAUAGAACAAAGGUGCUUUGAAAUAAGAUAUUAAUCAAUGUUUCAGUUGACGUCAUCAUUUUUCUCCCACAAGAACACUGGUGAAGAAAGGAUCUGGCAAGAACUACAGUAGUAUAUGAUAGUGUGUCUCUUUCUGCUACUACCUUAUGUUGUAUGUCUCUUUCCCGCUACCUGAUAUCUUCCAAGCAACCUACUUAACAAUAGACCUUUCAAACCAGUUUGAUGAAAUGUUUUGCUUUAGCAUUCACAGUUUUCUAGGGUCAAACAGUUACAGUAUACAGUGUGCCAUAUUCAGUCACUACACUAAUAAUGCAAUGACAUCUUUCAGCUGAGAUCAUUCCCAGAGUCACUCUCAAAGGAAUUAAUUUGAGAUUCAUUCAUUCGGAAAAUUAGACCGUACUAAGAGACCUAGUAGAGUCUUCCUGUGUCUCACUCUUGGUCUCUCUCCUCCUUUCCGUCUUUCUCUCUCUACCUCUAGGCCGUUGGACAGUUUCUUUGACAACCUCCCGGCCCUCAAGUCACCCAUCCUGGUGUCGGGGCCUCGCCUCGCAGGCACCUCCGAGGACAGCUUCAGCCGCCAUUUUGAGAGCAUCAUGGAGUCACACCGCGCCAAGGGCACGUCCUACGGCAGCCUGGACCUGGACAGUGAGGAGCUGCUGACCUCCAGCACCCAGACCAUCCUGACCUUUGACCUCCCCACGCUGACCCCAGAGAUCCAGGGGGGUCAGAUGAUCUGUCAGAGCGCCCGGCAGAUUGUCAAGCUGAGCUUCGCCCCACUGGCCCACUGCGAGAGGGGGACAAGCCUAUCGGAUUCCAUCGUCACAGUGACAGGAGACUCGGACGCCACGCGUGCCCCCUCCAGCGAAAGGCUGAGCAGUAGCCCGGAUGACACGCCCCUGCGAGGGGGAGGGGGCAGGGCACGGAUGCUGGGGAGCAGCUGGUACAGCAACCCCACAUUCUCCUUCCCUAGGUCAGUGAUGUCAUACAGCAGCAACCCCUCCCUCUCUUUCCACAGGUCAGUGAUGUCAUCAUUACUGUUCUGA